GACAGACAAAAUUGCCUUCAAGGCAAAUGUAAAAGCGUGUAAACUUUUGUACAAACGGAAUUUUGUUAUGCUCAUUCUCCGAAAAAAGGAAAUUAAAGCCGCAUGUAACGGGUAAUACUUGAGCACUUACGUAAGCGCUUCCUUGUAAUCCGUAAUCAUGGAUCAUUCUUAUACGUCAUGUUUCCGCCACGACCGCACGUCAUCGAUUUUUCACCUACGCUUACUUUUUACUGUUUUACUGUUCCUGAAGACUAUUUAUAAACAACCUUUCAUCCUCGUUCACUUAUUCGUAAACGGUAAAUCACCCAAACCAGUUAUAAACGCAGGCACUUCAAUGGAGGCGGAGAAGCGGCGGUCUGACGGCGAGUGCAUCGGGAAGAAGGCGGCCAAGCGGAUGAAGGCGGCGGGUGAGGGCGAAAUCGUGAAGCCCCUGAAUUCGACAUUGGACGUGGCGGCGGAGGCGGCGGAAGACGAGGAGGUGGAAGAGUUCUAUGCUAUCUUGAGGAGGAUGCACGCGGCGGUGAAGUACUUUGGGAAGGGGGGCAAUAAGCCGUUGGAUCUGUCAUUUCUACGGUCAGAUUUUGCAGAUCAGACAACAAAUGGGGUGGAGGACGAUACGGGUUUGGAUCCCAAGGCAGAUCCGGUAUCCGACCCGCACAUUAGCCCGAGCAUCAAAUCUUAGAUUAAAAGUUUUGUUUUGUUCGCCAUCUUAUUUACUCCUCGAAUGUCUUAAGAUGCUUCAAAUAUGUAUUCAUAGGUUACUUUGUAAUUUAUACUCCGUACUUUCUCGGUCCUCUUAUAAUUAUAUCAUUUUUUCUAUUUCAUAUUUGUAAUGUUCCUAUUA